GUCAAGAAUACGAAUAUAUUUUCUAUUUGAUUUAUUUUACUUUCCUUUAUACUUUACCUUCCUUUAAAUAUUUUUUAUUACCAUCCAAACUAGUCCUUUAUAUGAGUAAAGAAACUAUUUUACCUAACUCAACAAAAAAUCAUUAUGAAACUAUGAUGAUUAAUAUUAACCCUCGUUUGAUUCAAAAGUCAAAUACAAAUGAAGAAUUACCUUCAAAUACAUCUUAUGAACAACAACAGUAUGCACCAUAUUCAGCUUAUGCUUUUUCAUCAAUGCUAGUAGGGCUUCCUUCUUCUAUACCUGAUUAUCAAUAUCGUAAUAUGGAACAUUUUAAUGAAUCUUCUACAAUCGCAAUCCAAAGAAACCCAAAUAGUCCUGAACCAUCACCAUCUUUUUCUUCAUCUUCUACUACCCCUCCACCAUCAACUUCAAAUUCAAUUACUACUGUCAAUAAUAACAAUAGUAAUAAUGUAGGAUUUGUAUCUGGUACUGACAGUGUCAUAACUCCACAAUCUAUCAAUAACAACUUAAUUACUACUCCUUUAAUAUCCUCUUCCUCUCCUCAGAAUAUUGAUAAAGCAGUUGCUACUAGUACUGCUAUGUUUGAAAGUAGCAUUAGCAGUCCUAGAUUGGAUGGUUCUACAACUGCUCGAGUUAAGGAUAUUAUCAAUCGUGCCAAUGCAGUUCCUGUAGAGUUCUAUCAUACUGAGUUUUUAGAGUAUUCUAAAGAAACGUAUGAAAAAAAGAUGGAAUCUAAACGUUGUAACAAACGUACACGAUAUUCUCAACAAAAACAACAAGUUUAUCAUGAUAAUCUCCAAUAUAAGAAAAAGAAAAUGAAUACAACAAGCGACGGUAAUUAUUAUGAAGAAGGUUUUGAUGAAGAAGAUAAAAUUUUGAAUGAUCAACAUAUCAUAAACUAUUCUAGUGCUGAAAUUCGUCGUCAAAUUCAUAUUCAGUCAGAACAAAAAAGACGUGCGCAAAUUAAGGAUGGAUUUGAUGAAUUAAGAAAACAUUUACCAGGAUGUAAUAACAAGAAAAUGAGUAAAGCUGCUUUGUUAACAAGAACUGUACAGCAAUUACAGCAUUUAAAGGAAAUGCAAAAUGAAUUAUUAUCAGAAGUAGAAAGACUUUUAAAAGAAAAUGAAUCAUUAAAAAAAUUUCAACAUGGCAUACUUCAACGUCAAGCCAUGGAGAAAAUAUAUACUUUCUAACCUUAUACAUUUGUCUCCUUUAAAUCUCCUGAAAUUUUAUUUUUGUAUGUCUUCUUCUCCCUCCCUUUAACUCCUUUUGAUUAUUAACAAUUGCCAAUUUCUCGUUUCUCUUUUGUAUUGUAUUUUGCUCUUCUAAUUUUUUUUUCUUAUUUGCAGUUUGCUUGUAACAGACUUUUUUUUUUUCCUUUUUAAUAAUUAACUUCUCUGAAAACUUUAUUCUUCAGUUAAAU